UGGGAAGCAAUGAAAACCAGCCCAGACAUACUCUUUCCCCCAACAUCGCCGUUCGCCUUCCCCCCCGACCCCUCCACCAUAGACAUCUCAAAGUCCAUUAUCGCCCUUUGGAAGUCCCUCGACCCAAUGGCGCUCUUUGAAUGGGAAGAGCUGACUCGCGAUAUCCAAAACGCUUAUGCCCAAUUGGUCGCUCGAUUUGGGAACGGUGUCGUUUUCUAUGGUGAUACCUGGGAAUACCAGCGAUAUUACCACGCGCAGAGCCUAUUCUCCAAGUGGAUGGGGUACCAGUAUCAGUCCGCGCACGACACCGACAGUCUCACAACGGUGUAUGCGCCAGCAUCUUUGACUCAAACA